UCUGCAGCUGAUAACCACUCAAAGUCAACCGUCCUGGCAUACCAGGAGGAUGGAGCCAUCGGAAGCUGCACCCCACAAGAUCCCUUGGGCGGAUGUGGAUUGGAUAAUCCCGACUGGGCCAUUGGGGGGGAGGGUCUUAAGGAUGCUUUCUAUAUGUGAUGUUCGCCCCUGUUGCCUCAGACCUUCCUUUUCUUUGGUUGCAUUCAGUUCAUACUCAGAAAAAGUACCUCUCUCUAUGAAAAUGGAGUCGGGGGUUUUGAGUACUGAAAGGAGGCAAACCUGACAGAUCUUCCGACUCAGUUGCUUAUUGGGAAGGCUCCCCCAGGCACUCCCUGCACUAUUCCUACCUGAAGGUGUCAGAAUCCAGCUGGGGGCUGCCCCAGUUCCUCUCUGUGAUCCACCUGGACGAUCAACCAAUCGCUCGAUAUGACAACCACACCAACACAAUGGAGCUUCUGGUGCCCUGGAUGGGAGCAGAGGAGAAGAACCACCUGGUGGACCUUGAAAGGGUGUUCAGGACUGACCUGCACUGGCUAUCCAAUCUCGGCCACCAGACUGAAGGGAUUCACACCUGGCAGGCGAUUUUGGGCUGUGAGCUUGGGGAAGACGGGAGCAAAGGAGGGUUUUUGCACUAUGGCUACAAUGGGAUGGACUUCAUCAGCUUCGACAAGGAGACCCUGAGAUGGGUGGCAGCUCAGCCCCAGGCCCAGAAGGUCAAGGAGAUGUGGGAGGAUGAUACAAGGAAGUCCCAGAGGAAUAAAGUCUACCUGGAGGAGAUGUGCAUUAAGAUGAUGCAGAAAUGCCUGUCCUACCAGAAGGAGGCUCCGAAGAAGACAGAGUCUCCAGUGGGGAAAGUGACUCGCAAGUUGGUGGAUGACAGCCUGGAGGUCCUCAUCUGCCAGGCCUUUGGCUUCUACCCCAAGGAAAUCCUGACCACUUGGACGAGGGACGGAGAGGCCUGCAAGUAUGAGACCCUCCAUAAGAAUGUGGUCCCCAACUCGGACGGGACCUAUUAUGUCCAGCUCAGCAUUGAGAUCGACCCCAAGGAGAGGGACCAUUUUCGGUGCCACCUGGAUCACGAGGGCUUGCAGGAGCCCCUGGUCUUGGCCUUGAAGGAGGAAACAGAUAUAAAGUUACUUGGUUUAUUGGGAGCUGUGAUUAUCAUAAUCCCAGGAGCUCUGAUUCUCUUCCUGAUCGGGUACAGGCUGAACUACAGGAAAAAACUCUGUCAGGCAAUGACAAUUCACCUUAAUCACCUUCCUCUAGAAAAACUUUGUUCUUCCCCUCCUUAUGGCACUGAAGACGAGAUUCAAUCAGCGGCAAUGCUCCCACCCAUAAUGACAUCCGAGCAUUUAGUCCAAGAAGUAGCAAUCGCAUGAUGCCUUGGAUCUGCUGAUGAGAUUAUCCACUGGUUUUGAACGACUGGUUGACCUGUAAUGAUAGAUGACCAUCGGUCUUCCUGCUGAAGGAUGCCUGCCCAUUCAGGCGGUAGACAGAUGCUGGUACCCAAGUGGUUUAAGGAUGCUUUCAGUGUCAGAAUGUUAUUGGUCAGUCAAAGUCUCCCAUACCUUGUAAGCUCUAACUCAACUUCAGCUGUUGCUAUGGCUCUUGAAGAUGUUCAGGUUAUUGUUCUUAGUGAUUGGUGUAUGUGUGUUUUCAUGACUGGCCAUGGCCAUGUGUGCUUCACAGAACUAUAUAAAAGGGCCCCCACUAUGGAACGGUGUGUGUGUGGUUGGGGUGUGUGUGUGUGUGUCCCAUUUGGAAUUUGCUUCUUUGGAAAUAAAAGUCUUUUUUUUUUUUUGUAAAUUUUAUUUUAUUUUAUCUUAUACAUCCAACAAACCUUAAAUCUAUAGCAGCCUACAUCACUACGCGAGAAGGAACUAAACUUGUCCCGUUACAUAUAUAGGGUAACCUGCAUAAGUCUAUUACAUAUACCAAGCAACAUGUUUAUCCAAUACCUCUAUUUACAGCUCGAUUUGACAAUUAUGCCAUUGACUUCAAGAUAUAUAAUAGUCUGGGUCCCCUCGUCCUUUCAGUAACAUAGUAAGUCGAUCUGAUUCCGCACAGUUUAUUAUUUUCUGAAUUACUACUUGUUCGGGUGUGCUAACAUCCAUCUUCCAGUAUUGGGCUAAUGCCAACCUUGCAGCUGUUGUUAUAUGUAGCAGCAGGUACCAUGAAGUUUUAUUAACAUUUAAGGCUCUUAUCCCUAAUAAAAAUACCUCAGGACACAGUUGUAUACGCUGCCCCAACAUCUCAUUAAGCCACUUCUGAAUAUUCUUCCAAAAUUUCAUUGCCUCUCGACAGGUCCACCAUUGGUGAAAAUAUGUACCUUCUUUAACGCCACAUUUCCAACAGACUGAGGAUUUUCCAGGAAACAUUUUAGCAAGUCUGGCCGGCAGCAAAUGCCAUCUAUAUGCCAUUUUAUGUAUAUUUUCUUUAUAUCCUAUUGACCGGGUUAGUUUCAAAUUCUUAGUCCAGAUUUCGUUCCACCUCUCAGGCUCUAUUGAAUAACCUAGAUUCUUCUCCCGGGCAUGAAUCGAAGUCUUCACACCUUCCUCUCCUACCUCCAUAGCCAUAAAGAAUUUAUAGCAUCUAGAUAGUACUUUUCAUCCACCCCCAUUAAUAUCCUAUCUGGAGUCUGCACCUCUCAACUAAUCCCCAUUCUCUGUCUGUCUCUCAUGUAUUUACUACUAAUUUGCAUAUAUGUCCACCAGUCUAGGUUCACUCCUUGUUCCUGAAGUAACAAUUUUGUUUUUAACUUCCCAGUCGUCUCUAAUAUUUCUUUGUAGGUCAAUUUUUUCUCUGGAUUAUACAGAAUUGGAUAAGUCACAGCUUCCACAGGUGAAACCCAGAGUGGUACCUUAUUAUAAUAUGUUUUCCUAAUUUCCAUCCAACUCUCAAUCAGGACUCCUCGCACGUGGUGCUUUGUAAAGUAUGCUGGGGGUUUGCCUCUCUCCCACCAUAGGUGGGCAUGCCACCCCUGUUGGAGAUCGUGACCUUCGAUUGCUAGCAAACGUCUCCUUUGUAGUGUAAUCCAUUCACAGAUCCAAAUCAAAACCGCCAAAUUAUAGUGUAAUCCAUUCACAGAUCCAAACCAAAACCGCCAAAUUAUAGUAAUACUUCCUGUCAAGUAUUUGCAAGCCAUUGGCACAUGUAUCAUACAGACACUAGUGGAGGCAGAAAGUGCCCCCACCCCUAUGUGGAGAGGAGGGGCUUACACUGAGUAUAAAACCCCCUCUAACCUUUCCACCAUGCUCUCUUUUACGUUUGUUCUCCAUGAUCUUUGAUAGGGGUAGUCACACACGCUGUGUGCCCCCUAUCCUAAUGGAUAUUAAGACAGCCUUUGUAUAUAGUUAAUAUGUUUUGUUAUAUGAAUAAAUACAUUUAUCACAUUUA